CCGACGCCACGGCGGCCGGGGCGCAGGAUAUGGAAGACGCAGACGUUCAGGCGUGCAAGGAAUCCCGGUACGUGAGCGCGUUCAGCGAGGAGGACAUCCCGGGCGCGGCCGCCUCGGCGGGGGCCUUGGAGGUGACGGCGCUGAUCAAGCAGCUGGAGGAGCUGGACGCGACAGCGCAGCGCUCCGUGGCCAAGGAGACAGAGCACGCCAUCGAGUCAGGCAGCGCGCUGCUGGACGAGGCGGGCAGGGAGCGAGUCUUGCAGCUCUGCGAGUCCGUUCGAAACCGCGCUGCUCGGUUGUCGCGCCCGGAGCGGGAGCUGCGGCUGCAGGAGGACCUCGCGCGCGCCGCGCUGGGCGAACCGGUCGGGCCUCGACAGGCGGGGGGGGCCGAGGCGACCAUGGCGAACCUCGAGGUGACGCGCGGCACGGCGCCCCGGUCGCUGUUCGAUUGGAAGGUGUGGGCGCAGGCGCGCCCGAGCCUGUGGCGCUACGGCGACGCCGGUCACCUGGGCCCGAAACGAACGGGGACCUACCCGCAGUUGCUCGCCCACGAGUGGAUCACGUGCCUGUGCAUGCGGGAGGAGAUGGAGUACACUCUGGACACCGACGAGGAGAAGCCGUACCGCGUGCGGGAGAACGACGACGAUCCAGAGGUCAACCGGUUCGCGGCGGACUGGGUGUCGUUGCACAUGUUCGCCACGUUGCACUUCUUGACGGAGCGCCACCAGUCCGCCUUCGCCUUCCUGAAGAACGGAGGCACGAAGUGGGCCGAGAAAGUGCAGCACCUCACGCCGGAUGCCCUGGCGGCGGCCGCCCGCGCUCACGCGGGUGGCGGCGGCGUGGCGGCUUUGGCAAGCAACGCCAACGUGCCCAACGUGGUUCGGGACGCCCUGAACAUCAUGCAGAUGGCCGUCGCGGACGUUGUCGGCACCGACGGACAUCGGCGCCUCUGCCGCCACGAGGGGGUUGCCUACAUGGCGCUCUUCGGGUGCCCCUUGAUCUUCGCCACCCCGAACAUAGCGGACACGAAGCAGCCACUGUUCGUCAGGGUGGAGGGCCAGGAGAUCCCGCUCGACGAGCGGAGCAUUCCAGGCCUGCGCAGCGACGUCAUCCCAAAGUACCGAGACAUGAUGCGGCGCGUCGCCCAUGACCCGGUUGGCCAGACCGUGUGCUUCGAGCUCAUCAUGCGCCUCUUCUUCAUCCACGUCCUCGGCGUCCGCCCCGAGUGCGUGGGCGGCCGCCGGCGCGGCGUUCCUCCCAGGAAACGCUGCUCCUGGGACUGGUGCACCGACGGCGUGGCGGCGUCCUCGACCGCCCCGGGGAUCUUUGGGCCCGUGCAAGCUUUCCGCGGAGAGAUCGAGGCGCAAGGUCGGGGAUCGCUCCAUCCGCACAUCCUGGUGUGGUUGUGCGCCCUCUCGACGCGGCAGCUCGUGCACGUGCUCCGACGCCAUCCUGCCGCUUUCCGAGAGCGCCUGGGCAAGUGGAUGAGGGCGUGCGUCAUGGCCGUGGAGAGCACCUGCCAGAGUUCCGUAGAGGUGUUGCCGCGGCGUUUCGGGCACGUCGACCAGCGCGUGGACCCGCUGCCAUUCUCUGUCAUCGAACGAGACCAGUCGCGCUUCGACGGGGGCAGCGAGCUGGACGCGCUCCGCGAAGAGAAGCAGGCGGGCGCGGAGCUGACCGAGGACCAGGAGACCUUCCUGGAGACCGAGGACCGGGACUCCUGGCCCCGGCCCGAUCUGCCGUUGCGGGACGCCACAGGCCGCGAGUUGGCGCCGGGGGAGAAGGCACCGCCGCGGCCGUCCUCAUACGGCAUGCCCAUCGAUGCUUUCGCCGUGGGGAAAUGCCCCGCGGACGUCCGGGAGCUCGCCAAGGAGACGAUGACGCACGUGUGCGGAGAGAGCUGCUACAAGUACUCGGGCAACAAGACCGCGAAGAUCUGCCGCCGCGGCUUCUACUACAUCGUCACGCUUGCGGAUUGGCGCAGGCGCAGGCGAGGGAAGCCUCUGCGGAACGCCAUGUUCGUGGUGCGAUCCUCGACGCACGGCAUGCAGGGUCGUCUGUUGCACUUCCAGCUCCACCCGUCUGAGUGCAUUACCAACUACGCCGGCGCCGCGGCUGGGCGCUUCAACCUGGAUGCGCAGGACCUCCGACGAGUCAGCGACCCCAAAGCGUGGUUGGACGAGGGCGAGGUGCUCCCGCACGUCGGCUCGCAACCCAAGCUGGGGUACAUGGGCACGUACGAGCUGGGCGACGCCGACGCUUACGUCAACCGCCCGGAGGUUCCGGAGAAGCCGCUCGCGUGGACGGACGACUGCUCGCCAGAGGAGUGGCGCGACAUUAUGCUGCAGUGCCAGACGGAGGACGCGGAGGGCGAGGACGCGGAUGACGUGGACGCCGCGGACACCUUCGCGGACCAGCUGGAACUGGACGCCCAGGCAGCGUUCAGCGACGGCCUGAACACGGGCUUCUACAUCAACUCCUACACGACGAAGCAGUGCCCCAGCAUGGAGGGCGUCCUCGUGGAGAUGCGGCGCGGCCUGGAGCGGCUGCAGGCGCAGCGACAGGCGCAGCAGGACAAGAUGAAGCUGGAGCUGCAGCAGCGAGGAGACGACCCCGAGAAGACUCUGUCCGCCGCCGACCGGAGAGCGCUCGGGGGUAAGUCCAAGUUCGGGGAGACGCUGGAUCUGGCGAAGAAUCUGUCCGCAUCGUACCGCCGAUGCUACUGGAAGAGCGGGCCAGAGAUGCUGUUCCCGAUCUUCUACGGCCACCUCACCUACGCGUCCCACCGCUGCUGGGCGAUCUUCAUCAAGAAGGGCGUCUUCCUGGCGGCGGAGGCGUGGCGACGCGAGUACGGGCGCUCUCUCCGGCACAAGGCCAAGCAGGACGGGGGCCGCGCCCCGGUGCAGUACCUCGGGCGCGGCGUCGACCCGUGCACUCUCGAGGGGUGGCGCGAGGAAAAGGACGACGACGGGCAGGCGGUGUACGUGAGCCCGGAAGGCCAGCGCUUCCCGGAUAUCCUGACGGCCUACGAGCACGACGUCGCGACCAAGGCGGCGCGCGACGCGCCCGAUCAUCGCCAGGUGGUGUCGUUCCUGGCGAAGUUCAUGCAGGACAUGGGCUGCGAGAGCGAGGAGGCCCCGAAGACGGGGGACGGCUUCCGCAUCGUGAGGACCACGAGCGCUCUGGACGACUGGCUGCACCGCGGCGACGACCCGGUCCUCAAGCACAUGAGUUUACAGGUGUACGCCAUGUGGGUCUACCGCUGCGAGAAGCCCGACGGCCUGUGGCGAGACAAGACCCGCGCGCAGCACCUGGACUUCGACUUCGCGCCGCACUACGCGCUGUACGCGACCCGCAAGCAGCGCCUGGCCCCCGAGCUCCGCGUGCCCCUCUUCGAGGGCUUCACCAUGCCGACGAUGAACAAAGACUGCGAGACAGCAUGCUUGUACAAGCAGUUGCUCCUGAGGCCGUUGGAGGUGGAGAACUCGGAGACGCCGGAGGACGAGCGCAUGCUGCGGGCGUUCGCGCCCCUGAUGGAGGCCCCCGGCGCGCCCCGUGACAUGAAUGUGCGCGGGUCAAACUGUUUCACGCGAUCUUGGGCGCACUACGAGGCUCAGGCGGACGCGGAGGCCCGCGUCGCCGCGGCCCGCUUCCUCGCGCGGCACGAGUGGCCCUCGAUUUGGGAGACACAGGAGGUGCAGGAGGAAUUCUUCGCGCUGCACCAGGCGCGAGCGGAGCGACUCGCUGGACCCCGCCCACUGCCCCGAAAGAGAGAAACCCAGGGCGACGGUGCACCAGUACGUCUCCAUGAUAGCCAUGCAGGUGGCGCCGAACCUCGAGGGAAUCGCCCUGGCGCGCGAGGAGAAGAAACCCCGGCAGUACCAGAGCGACGCAGCAGUGCAGAGCGCGUACCUCAAGGCGACCAUCGGUGGAGGUGCCGGUCAGGACGAGGGCGCCGAGGCGGGCGAGGGCGUGGAGCACCCGGGCGCGCCUCCCAAGCGUGUCGGAGCACACUUCCAGCCGGUCCCGACGUGGGGCAUCGACGGGGGGCAGGACAUGGCGGACGUGCUGAACUUCGCGCACCGUAA